AUGCCCUUGAGUUGGGCCCUCAAAAGAAACUGUGAGAAUCGAAAUCUUGUUGAUCUGAGUCUCUUGCUGAAGUUGCUACUUAAUGCCUUCAGCUCUGUCGCUGAUCCUUUGGUACACUAUGGUCGGCAUUUUGGACGCAGAGUUCAAGCUUUAUGCAAUAUCCAUGCCUUGUUAACCAAUGGAGUCUUGUGUAUGGUUGAGCUGGCUGAUAGGACAGAUGAAUCUUUUACCGCUGAGGAAAGGCGGGAGCAUAAGGUCUAUCUGACCCUCCUACAAUCUGUUCCUGGCCUUGAAGAACGGCUUUUGACUGGCACCGAUGAGGAACUCUUGAUCAUAGCUGAACUUCUUCGGAAAGGCAUGUCUGGAGCUCGCGGCGAUGACACCAAAAGUUUGAAAGGUGCCAUUCUGGACUGGAUCACCCCCAAAGGUCAAGCACUCCAACCACCCCUAUCAUGGAAUAUCAAGCAUGAUCACGGUUUCAAUCACAAGCGUACAGGAUCUCUUCUCUGUCUAGUGUUUGGAAGUCCGGUCUCACGACCGGAAAAAGACCGUAACAAGACCGGACCAAGACUGCAAAAGACCGGACCUGCAUUUACAGUCUUUUAUUUUUGA